AUGGAUAAUUCAGUGGAAAGCACAGAGAGGCGUGUGUUAUCAGUGAAGAUGUGGCCACCGAAUAAGAGUACGAGGCUGAUGCUUGUUGAGCGCAUGACCAAGAACAUAACGACACCAUCCGUCUUCACCAGAAAACACGGUCUACUGAGCCUGGAAGAGGCUGAGGAAGAUGCCACGCGAAUUGAAGACUUGGCUUUUGCAGUUGCCAACAAACAUUUCCAGAACGAGCCUGAUGGUGAUGGCACUUCUGCUGUUCACGUCUACGCUAAAGAAUCGAGUAAGCUUAUGCUCGAAGUGAUCAAAAGAGGUCCACAGGUAGGAUCAGAGGCUGAGGUGAAGAAGGCUGGGGAUGCCUUGUUCGAUAUAUCCUGUGGCCGUAGAGCGUUUAUUGAUGAGGAAGAGGCGCGCCAACUCUUGAGGCCUUUGACUGAGCCGCAUAACUCGUACACCAAGAUUCGCUUUGGCAACAGGAGUUUUGGCGAGGAAGCAGCCAAGUUUGCUGUGAGCGUUUUGUCUUCCAUAAAGGAUCAGCUGACGGAAGUGGAUCUCUCGGAUUUUGUUGCAGGAAGGCCAGAGGCUGAAGCACUUGAAGUCAUGACCAUGUUUUCAUCUGCUCUGGAGGGUUCUAAGCUAAGGUCUUUGAAUCUCUCGGACAAUGCUUUGGGAGAGAAAGGGAUUAGAGCGUUUGGCUCUCUCAUCAAGUCUCAGCAUGACUUGGAGGAGCUCUAUCUGAUGAAUGAUGGCAUUUCCGAGGAUGCUGCAAGAGCAGUUCGUGAGCUGCUUCCUUCUACUGGCAAAAUGAAGGUUCUUCAGUUUCACAACAACAUGACAGGAGAUGAAGGAGCAAGCGCCAUUGCGGAAAUAGUGAGGCAGUGUCCACUGUUGGAAGACUUCCGGUGUUCAUCUACAAGGAUUGGUUCAGAAGGUGGUGUUGCGCUAGCGAAAGCACUUGAAUCAUGUAGCCACUUGAAGAAGCUUGAUCUUCGUGACAACAUGUUUGGAGUUGAAGGUGGAGUUGCACUGGCCAAGACUUUAUCAGUGUUGACUGAUUUAACUGAGAUCUAUAUGAGUUACCUCAACUUGGAAGAUGAGGGAACCGAUGCAGUCUCUGAGGCUCUAUUGAAGUCUGCACCAUCUCUUCAAGUGCUAGAAUUGUCUGGGAACGACAUUACUGUUAAAUCCACUGAGAAAUUGGCAGCUUGCAUCGCCUCAAAACAGUCUCUUUCGAAGCUGAACUUAUCUGAGAACGAACUGAAAGACGAAGGGUCAAUCUUACUCGCAAAGGCAGUUGAAGGUCAUGAACAGUUGGCUGAAGUUGACCUGAGCACCAACAUGAUCAGAAGAGCUGGGGCAAGAGCCUUGGCACAAACUCUUGUAAAGAAAAAUGCUUUGAAGGUUCUCAACAUCAAUGGAAACUUCAUAUCCGAGGAAGGUAUUGACGAGGUAAAUGACAUGUUCAAGGACUCCCAAGAAAAGCUUGGUCCUUUGGACGAUAAUGACCCUGAAGGAGAAGAUUUUGAAGAUGAAGACGAAGAAGAGGAAGGCGAAGAGGACAAUGAAUUGGGAUCAAAGCUCGGUGGUCUGAAAAUCUAG